GAGGCAACGAGGGGCGCACGAGCAGCAACGCCGGGCACGUGGUGGUGCUCGGGGACGACCCGAAGCCGAGGCCGCCGGCGACGAGGAGGGGGAGGGGAAGGGGAAGGCUCGCUGGCCGCGGCGAGGGCAGCCGUGGCCUGUACAACCACUACGCGAGCGGCGGUGGGCUGUGGGAGGGCGAGCAGGAGGGCGUCGACGGCGAGGAGGUCGGGUGGACCGAUGACAUGUGGGAAGGCAUGGGCUCCAUCACGCUCGGCGGCAUGGAGUGGCACUAG